UCAUACAACUCCUUGGAUACAAAAGGAGGAGAAGCAGAGCAAAGAGAAGAGGAGAAGAUUGAAGGAUGAAUCUGCAAGUGCAGAAGAACACGCUCUACGUAGGUGGUCUUGCAGAGGAGGUGAAUGAGUCGAUCCUCCACGCUGCAUUCAUCCCCUUUGGCGAUAUCAAAGAUGUUAAGACUCCUCUUGACCAGGCCACACAAAAGCACCGCUCAUUCGGAUUCGUCACAUUUCUUGAGAAGGAAGACGCUGCAGCUGCCAUGGACAACAUGGACAAUGCCGAGCUCUAUGGGAGGGUGCUAACCGUCAAUUAUGCACUCCCGGAGCGAAUCAAGGGCGGGGAACAAGGGUGGGCCGCUCAGCCCAUUUGGGCAGACGCAGAUACAUGGUUUGAACGGCAGCAGCAAGAAGAGGAAAUGCAGCGUCUUCAGGCCGAGCAUCGGGCGGUUAUGGAAGCUGCUGAGGAAUUGCAUAGAAAGAAAUUGGCUCAGGAACGAGAAGGGGAGAAAGAAGAAGAAACCAUGACAAAGGACGAUCCUAUGGCAGUGGCGGAGGCAGAGGCAGAGGCUCUUUCUUCAAAAGAGUAACUAGUGUAAUCUCAGAGAUUAGCGAGCGGAUGGAAAUGGAUCUCUACUAUCCGGGGAAGUUGUUUUUUCUCUUCAUCUCCUUUGGGAUUGCUAUGUUAGUAUAUAACUCCAUGUAAUGAGGUUUUAGGUUCUUAUGUAGCAUUGUCUCAUAAAAUACAUUCAUCAUCUGAGGCCUACUAUUGUAUGAUUGUCAUUUUAAUUACUUGCUUUUGUCAAUGUGAAGCAAUUUGCAAGGC